UUGUAUCAGAGUGUGUCCCAGCCCCAGCCCCACUCACACUCUGUGCAGUCUAUUUUCCGACCACCUCAUUUAUCAUCUGCCACACACUCGCUUUGUCCCCCUCCUGCUUCUUCUUCUGCUUCAAAUUCUAUGGGGGUGUUGAUAAGGUGACCGAUUUUGCCACCACGUGAAGAGGAGGAGGAGGAGGAGGAGGAGCAAGAAGGAGAAGAAGAGAAAGUGGAGAAAAAUGACUGAUUAUACGUUCUUGAACGACCAGCUCUCAAAGCGCACCUCAAUCUUCGGUUUGCGGUUGUGGGUGGUGCUUGGUAUAUGCGUAGGAGCAGGCAUAGUUCUCGUACUUUUCCUCAUAUCCCUCUGGUUCACCUCAAGGCGAAACAGCUCGUCGUCGUCGUCUUCUUCUUCAAAGCUCAAUAACAAGUCCUCUCAGAACCCCACCAUCCCAAACGUGUCCAAGGAAAUCCAAGAAAUCCGAAUCGAUCAUUCUCGGAACCCGACCCAACCCAACCCCAACCCGGACACGAACCCGAACCCAAAUGCCUACCACCAGGCCUCCAACCCGGACCCAUUGCCGGAAUCGGAGCCGUUAUGCAGAGCUCAACCCUUUCUUCUUCAGCCAGAGGAAGGGAGCCCGGUGGGUACGCGAACCAGAAUUCACAUAGAAAUCGGGAAAGACCACCGAAUUUCGUACCCGGAGAGGGCUGGCGGGUCGUCACAUGGCAGCGGAGAGGCACGGUCCGGUGACCAGUCGAUGAUUGCGGCGCCGGAGGUCUCGCAUUUGGGCUGGGGGCACUGGUACACGCUCAGAGAGCUCGAGGAGGCCGCCAAUGGGUUUUCUGAUGAAAAUGUGAUUGGGGAGGGUGGGUAUGGGAUUGUCUACCGGGGCGUUUUGAAGGAUAAUACCAUGGUUGCUGUCAAGAAUUUGCUCAAUAACAGGGGACAAGCUGAGAAGGAGUUUAAGGUUGAAGUUGAAGCAAUCGGACGUGUUCGGCAUAAGAAUUUAGUGAGGUUGUUGGGUUAUUGUGCCGAAGGAGCGCACAGGAUGCUUGUUUAUGAGUAUGUUGACAAUGGAAACCUGGAACAGUGGAUUCAUGGAGAUGUUGGCCCUUGCAGCCCUCUUACUUGGGAGAUUCGUAUGAAUAUAAUACUUGGAACUGCAAAAGGGUUGACAUACCUGCAUGAGGGUCUUGAGCCCAAGGUUGUUCACCGUGAUAUCAAGUCGAGCAAUAUCUUGCUUGAUAAGCAGUGGAAUCCAAAGGUGUCUGACUUCGGCCUAGCAAAGCUCUUGGGCUCAGAGAUGAGUUAUGUGACAACUCGUGUGAUGGGAACAUUUGGGUAUGUGGCUCCAGAAUAUGCCAGUACCGGCAUGUUGAAUGAAAGAAGUGAUGUAUAUAGUUUUGGGAUUCUUCUUAUGGAGAUAAUUUCUGGGAGAAACCCAGUAGACUAUAGCCGCCCUGCUGGAGAGGUGAACUUAGUUGAGUGGCUUAAAACCAUGGUUACAAAUCGGAAUGCUGAGGGAGUUUUGGAUCCUACAUUACCUGAGAAACCUUCGUCAAGGGCGCUGAAGCGUGCUCUGUUAGUAGCAUUGCGCUGUGUGGACCCAAAUGCUCAGAAAAGGCCAAAGAUGGGGCACGUGAUACAUAUGCUUGAAGCUGAUGAGUUCCCCUUCCGUGAUGAACGUAGAGCUGAACGUAUGCGGGAUAGGUUGAUGGAGAAGCGCAUAAAUGAAUCCGGUGACAGUAGUGGAUAUGAAAGCAGUGUUCUAAAUAUUAGGUCUUUGGAAAGAAAGCACGAACCCGAAGAGCAGUAGCUUCUCCAAACUAAUGUAUAAGGUAAUACACAUGCCUUGUCUUUUGCCUCCUUAUUUCCAUCCAGUGCUGGAUUGUACAACACCAUUUACCUUGCCUGUAAAUGUUUUUUUGAUAAGUAUUUUCCUUGCCUGUAAAUGUGAUUCGUCUAAUAUGAAUUUGCACUGUUUGUAGAUUCUUUAGUACUUUGUACCCACUGACCUUGAAUUUGUGUAAUGUUGUAGAGGAAAUGCUCUGAUAUGAACUUUUAUUUGAUAGGAUUUCCUUAUGUUUGUCAUCCAAAUUAUGCAAAUGACAUUAAAGUUGGAAUUUUGUUCAUUUCUUGA